GACAGCGAUGUUCAGAAGCGCAGUUGCUGCAAACACUGUGCAACACACCAGUGUAACAGAGUGAUCGAUCAUCUCCACAAUGUGGCUCUUGAUUUUCUUAGUCUGGCUGGUUAUAUGGGCCGGCGGCACAUACUGGUAUCUGUUUGGGAAACCGAGCCCCUUCACACUGGAGUCGGUGAGACCUCCUGGACCUCGUGAGUUUGAUCAGAAGAAUCGGGACAAAGUCAUCAAGCAAGGUUUCACUCAGGACAAAGUACCUCAGAAUCUGGAUGUCAUUGUCGUUGGUAGUGGUAUUGGUGGACUGACCGCUGGAGCCACACUGGCCAAAGCAGGGAAGAGAGUCCUGGUGCUGGAGCAGCAUGACCAGGCGGGAGGCUGCUGCCACACCUACGUCGAGAAAGGCUUUGAAUUUGAUGUUGGGCUUCACUACAUCGGUCAGCUCCAUGAGAACAGUCUGCUACGGAUCGCCUUUGACCAGAUUUCUGAGGGCCAACUCGAGUUCCAACAGCUAGAGCAACAUUUUGACACCAUCCGGAUCGGCCUGGGUGAUGAGAUGAGGGAGUACACCAUGGUCUCUGGUAAAACUGAGAUGAAAACUCAUCUGAUGAAACAAUUUCCUGAUGAUACUGAGGCCAUCGAGGCAUACUUCAAAUUAAUGAAGGUUGUAGCUAAGAAGACACACUACCUGGCAACUUUAAAGCUGAUUCCUCAGUGGAUAUCUCUGUUCCUGCUGAAGUCAGGAAUUGCAAACUUCUUCUCACCAGUCUUCCGCUAUUCUGGUACGGGUGCAACACAAUUUGUGAACACCCUGACGAGCAACAAGGAUCUGCAUAUCAUGUUCUCGUACCUUUUCUAUGGUGUGGCUCCAAAGGAUUCCAGUAUUUUGAUCAAUGCCCUCCUGAAUCAUCACUACAAACGAGGGGCUUACUACCCUAAAGGCGGCUCCAGUGAAAUCGCCUUCCACAUCAUUCGCACUAUCCAGAAAUAUGGAGGAAACUGCCUGGUGAGAGCUCCUGUCUCCCAGAUCCUGGUUAAUGAGAAGGGGGCAGCUUACGGUGUGAAAGUGAGGAAAGGUCAGGAGGAAGUGGAAGUUCAUGCACCAGUGGUCGUCUCAAACUGUGGCGUCUUCACCACCUUCCAGAAACUUCUUCCACCAGAGGUUCAAGUCCAGGACGGUAUUCAGGAACGACUGAACAUGAUGAAACAUGGCAGAGGAUCGUUCUUGGUCUUCUCUGGCUUUGAUGGGACUGCGGAGGAGUUGGACCUCGUGUCCACCAACUUCUGGCUGUUCAAGAACAACAACAUGGACAAGUCGAUGGAUGACUUCUUUUCCUUGAACAAAGAGGAAGCACCAGAUAACAUCCCCAUGAUGUUCAUCACAAUGCCUUCUUCCAAAGACCCAGAAGCCAACAUUAGACACCCUGGAAAAUCUUGCAUGACAAUAUUGACCAUGGUGAAGUACGAGUGGUUUGAGGACUGGAAGGACACGACUGUGCGCAAAAGGGGUGACGAAUAUUACGACUACAAGAUGAGAUUCGCUAAGAACCUGUUUGACUGGGCCUGCACACUGUUUCCUAAAAUCAGAGACAAGUUGGUUUUCCAGGAUGUGGCAACACCACUGACCAACAUGCACUACCUUGGUGCCCAGCGCGGAGCCAUGUACUCAGCUGAACACAACCUUGACCGUUUCCAUGCUGAGGCUGUGGCGAGGAACAGGUGCAACACUCCAGUCAAAAACCUCUACUUGUCAGGUCAGGACGUGUUCAGUUGUGGGAUCGCUGGAGCUCUACAUGGUGGACUCCUCUGUUCCUCUGCGGUGUUGGAUCACAUCGUCUACAUCGACUUGCUCCUCCUCAAAAAGAAGCUCAAGAGGAGGAAAGCCAGAGAGCUGGCCCAGCCUGCUAAGAAGAAGCUGCAGUGAGUCAGCUUUGCACUUCCCCUGCAGGCCAUUAGUGAAACUGCACAAGAUUGAUGCAAUGGGACUCUUAAUUUCUAUGGGAAGUGCAGAAAAAAACCCUUCUUAUUCUAUCCUGUAUAGUGUUUUGUCUGUGCAUACUUAAUAAAAUAAAUAAAUAAAUAAUAAAUUAAAACUUUCAGAUGUAGAUUGAAAAAUAGUCCAUAAUAAUCUAAGUGUUUUUGGUAGAGCUUUAUGUCUGGUGGUUUAUACUAACACUCUGGACUGUCGCCUCUCAUUUUCUGGUUUUUCUUUUGUGUACCGUUGCUUUAUUUUUGUUGAAUUAUAAUAUUGUUUUGUUCAUGAUCAAGCACACAACCAUAAACACAAGUAAAUUGUAUCCUCUGUAAAAUAAAGUACCUUUUUGUUUCACAUUCAAAUUUAAGAAUGUGGGAAUCUUCAACUCAGCUGACUUGAUGUAAUGAUUUUACCUUUAUAUUAGGGGCACCAAUCUUUAAUAAUUGUUGUUUUGACACAUGCUAUUGAAAUGCAUUCAUCUAUAUGAUAAUUGUAUGUACAUCACAUAAUUCUUUGAGUUUUUUUGCUUUAUAAAAAGGGCAGUUUUUCACUGUACAUAAUCAAUAAACUGUAGAAAACA